AUCUUAGAGAUUUCUGUAAAAUAUUAAUUCAUUUUCAUAAUAAAUUUUAUUAUUAAUUAUUAAGUAUUAAGUAAAUAGUAAUUUUAAAGUUUUGACAUAAAUAAUAAAUCAUUCAUAUUUGAUAAUUAGUAUAAUAUUAAACUAUUAUAUAUAGACCUAUAAACUAAGUUUAUCUUAGUUUAUGGUCCUUAAUAUUAUACAAUAUUAAUUGAUCAUAGAUCUUGACAUGAUCCAAGGUAUGUAAUUUAAAUUUGGAAAUAUUUAUUACUGAAGUAAAUAUCCAAUAAACGUAUAAGUACCUAGGUAGGUACUAUUUAAAGCCAAAAUGAAUAUAUCAACUGAAAUUGAACUUGGACUGAAACGGUUGUGUAACCCAGCACUGAUAAACGACAAAUGUUUCGAAACAUUAAUACAAAAGGCUGAAAAGAUACUGGGAACAUUGUUAGGUGAUACUUCGGAACAGACAUUUGAUGAUGAGUCUACCGUAUGCAUAACGUCUAAACAAGAUAUUGCUAAAGAAGCAUAUGCUUCAUUGAUAACUCUGUUUACAAUUGCUAAUCGACAUUGCCUAGACGGAAAGUCAUUGAAUCAAAACCUACAAACAAUAGUUUUGGCUAAUACUGAUCGUUUACCAGAAAUCAUCAAAACCUAUGAAUCUGUUAGACCACGUCUUUUGGAAGUUUCAAAGAUUACCACUACAUCUUUGGCUAAUGUGGUUGAUGUUGAAUGCCGCCUCGAUUACUGUGUACAAUCUAGUGUUUUUGAUGACGUUUCCGAAUUCUUAUACAAAGUGCGGCUGAAGACAAUAGACAAUGGUACAAUAAAAUUCAUUGACUUCGUCUGCAAUACACAGGAACUUCAAGAACUAGUUUUUAAGUUAAAGGACGCAGUUCGACAUUUAGAAAAAAUUGCUUCUGCCAGUUAAGAUUCACAAAAUAUGUUAUCAAAUUCAAUCAAUAGUCUAUGCAAUUGCUCAAUCCUAAUUGUUCUUAUUGGGUACAUAAUAUAUUUUACGAUAUUUUA